AUUUAAACAUCUUUUUGAUUGAAUUAUUAAUAUGAGUGAAAAUUAUUAUUAGUGUAUGUUAAAAUAAAAAAGGUUCAUAUUGGAACUCCAUCUCCCAGAAUUCCUAAUACCAUUUCCGCAGAAACAGGUUGUCCUAAGGACUGUUGCAAGGGCUGAACUUCCUUUCGCUCCGACAUCUUGACGAGGAAACAUGCCUCCUAAGCAGGAUAAGAAGAAGGACACUGGGAAGUCCAAAAAGGACAAGGACCCAGUCAACAAAUCUGGAGGCAAAGCCAAGAAGAAGAAGUGGUCCAAGGGAAAAGUGAGGGACAAGCUGAACAACCUGGUCCUCUUUGACAAAGCAACCUAUGACAAGUUGUACAAGGAAGUUCCCAACUACAAGCUCAUCACCCCCGCUGUGGUGUCAGAGAGACUGAAGAUCCGUGGCUCUCUGGCCAGGAAUGCUCUCCAGGAGCUGCUCUCUAAAGGCAUGAUCAAACUGGUGUCCAAACACAGAGCACAGCUGAUCUACACACGCAACACCAAGGGAGGAGAUGAGGAAGCUGCAGAGAAGGCAUAAUCAGGGUUUCCUGUUUGUUUCCUGUGAGCUGUUUGUAAUGAAAGGUGUAAUAAAAAUAUAAAAAGAAAA